AUGUCUUCCUACGGAGGCGGUUACGGCGGCGGCGGCGGUGGAUACGGCGGCGGCGGUCGCGGUGGUGACCGUGGCUACUCGAACGGGUACGAAAACAGCAACGCUGGAUAUGGGUCUUACAACAACUCGACAAGCCAUUAUGCAUCGUACGGUGGCGGCGGCUACGGCGGCGGCGGUGGUGGUGGCUACUCCGGUGGCGGUGGUGGCUACGGCGGAGGAGGUGGUGGUUAUGGCGGCGGCGGCGGCUUUGGCGGUGGUCGCGACGGCGGCGACCGCAUGUCGCAACUCGGCCAGGGCCUGAAGCAGCAAUCAUGGGAUCUCGACACGAUGCCCAAAUUCGAGAAGUCCUUCUACAAGGAGGAUCCCGCUGUUACUGCUCGUUCAGCAGCCGAGGUUGCCGAAUACCGCAAGGAGCACCAGAUGACCGUCAAGGGCGAGAACAUCCCCAAGCCCGUCACAACCUUCGACGAGGCUGGCUUCCCAUCAUACGUGAUGAACGAGGUCAAGGCCCAGGGCUUCGCCAAGCCCACUGCUAUUCAGGCUCAGGGUUGGCCUAUGGCUCUUUCUGGUCGCGACGUUGUUGGUGUUGCCGAGACCGGUUCCGGAAAGACGUUGACCUAUUGUCUUCCUGCCAUCGUUCACAUCAACGCUCAGCCUCUCCUCGCCCCCGGCGAUGGCCCUAUCGUCCUCAUUCUCGCGCCCACUCGUGAGCUUGCUGUCCAGAUUCAGCAAGAGAUCAGCAAGUUCGGAAAGUCCUCGCGCAUCCGAAACACCUGCGUCUACGGAGGUGUUCCAAAGGGUCCCCAGAUCCGUGACCUUGCGCGCGGUGUUGAGGUGUGCAUUGCCACUCCUGGACGUCUCAUCGAUAUGUUGGAGGCUGGAAAGACCAACCUUCGCCGUGUUACCUAUCUGGUUCUCGAUGAGGCCGACCGCAUGCUUGACAUGGGUUUCGAGCCUCAAAUCCGCAAGAUCAUCGGACAGAUUCGCCCUGACCGUCAAACCUGCAUGUGGUCCGCUACAUGGCCCAAGGAAGUUCGCCAGCUUGCUGCCGACUACCAGAAGGAUUGGAUCCAGGUCAACAUUGGUUCCAUGGAUCUCUCUGCCAACCACCGCAUUCAACAGAUCGUCGAGGUCUGCACAGAGUUCGAGAAGCGUGACCGCAUGGCCAAGCACCUCGAGACCAUCAUGAGCGACAAGGACAACAAGAUCCUUAUCUUCACAGGUACCAAGCGCGUUGCUGACGAGAUCACCCGAUUCCUUCGUCAGGACGGCUGGCCGGCGCUCUCUAUUCACGGCGACAAGCAGCAGAACGAGCGUGAUUGGGUCUUGAACGAAUUCAAGACGGGCAAGAGCCCCAUCAUGGUUGCCACCGACGUGGCUUCCCGUGGUAUCGAUGUCCGCAACAUUACUCACGUGUUCAACUAUGACUACCCGAACAACUCGGAGGACUAUGUCCACCGCAUUGGUCGUACUGGUCGUGCUGGCGCUAACGGUACUGCCAUCACCCUCUUUACCACAGACAACUCCAAGCAAGCUCGUGAUCUCGUCCAGAUUCUCACAGAGUCUAAGCAGCAGAUUGAUCCUCGUCUGCACGAGAUGGCCCGCUACGGUGGCGGCGGUGGCGGUGGUGGUCGCUGGGGAGGUGGCCGCGGCCGUGGUGGAGGCCGUGGCGGAGGCCGUGGUGGCUGGACCGGAGGUAACAGCGAUCCCAUCCGCAACAGCCGCUGGUGA